CGACUCCGGUUACAGUUGGGCUCGAGCUGCGGCACGCAUCGGAGCGCGCGCUUUGAGGAGCCGAACACAGCGGCGUGGACGUACAGACGAGCGGAUCUGAAGCCGCACACAGACCCUGCUGCACCUCCCCAACCUCACGGCGCGCUGAGCCUCGCGGAGGAGACUUGCGCCGCAUGCCGGAGUUGGACUAGGAGCUCGGGAGUCUUCCCUGGGACGGAAGAGAGCAGCGGGCGGAGGAGUGGAAGCUGUCGCCCGGGAGUGAAGCGGUGACUGAUGGAGGAGUGCGGCCAGCGACAGGUACACUGACGGAGACGCCAACUGCUGCGGAGCCGCGCCGCUCGUCCCCCUGAGAGAAGAAGAAGAAAACACGGGUCACACUUGGUGAUUUGUUCCCUCCAAGUCUCCCCUCAAGGACACCCGGGGGUCCGGAGCGGCUCUUCACAGCGCGGGCACAAGGACAUGUAUCUGAUAUCGACGGCUCAUGCUCCCGACUGAUCGACGCUCGCCCUCCCCGCUCACCCUCGCUGGCAGCCGGCUGAGCGCCUCCGCCACCCUCCGCUCUCCUGUCCCAACAGCCAGCAGCAUGGCAGCCGCCGGCUGUUGGAAGUAUUACCUUUGGAUCUUUAUCCUCCUGGGCAGGGCGGCGUUACCUUCGGCCAUAUCGCUGGAAACCAUCAUCUGGAGCUCCCACAACUCAAAAUUCCUGGCAGGGAAAGGGCUGGUGAUCUACCCCAACAUCGGGGACAAGCUGGACAUCAUCUGUCCUAAAGCGGACCAGGGCCGCGACUAUGAGUACUACAAGCUGUAUUUGGUGAAGAAGGAACAGGCGGAUAGCUGCAGCACGGUGCUGGAUCCAAACGUCCUGGUUAACUGUAACAAGCCGGAGAAGGACAUCAAGUUCACCAUCAAAUUCCAGGAGUUCAGCCCAAACUACAUGGGCCUGGAGUUCAAGAAGAACGUCAACUACUACAUCACUUCCACCUCCAACGGGACGGUGGAGGGCCUGGAGAACCGGGAAGGAGGCGUGUGCAAGAGCCGAGCCAUGAAAGUCAUCAUGAAAGUCGGGCAAGUGCCCAAUGCAGCCAAUCCGGUGCCGGAUGAAGACAACACCAUCCCUGAAGUCACUCAAAGUCCUCCUGACCCGGGUCAAAUUGGCCCAGUGAUACCGGGGAACUCUGACACCAUGAACCAGGACCAGUCUGGCUCCUCAGAUGGCAUCCUGAGCUCCAAGGCCGCCGUGUUCUCCAUCAUCGGCGCCGGCUGCGUCAUCUUCCUCCUGCUCAUCCUCCUCCUCGUCAUUCUGCUCAUCAAGAUGCGCAAGCGCUCCAGGAAAAAUGCCCACUCGCAGCCCCGCCCCUCGGCGCUGUCACUCAGCACCCUGUCCAAUCCCAAGAUGCCCGGGGGCACGGCAGGCACGGAGCCCAGUGACAUCAUCAUUCCCCUGCGGACAGAGAACAACUACUGCCCUCACUAUGAGAAGGUGAGCGGCGACUAUGGCCACCCGGUCUACAUAGUCCAGGAGAUGCCGCCGCAGAGUCCGGCCAACAUCUACUACAAAGUCUGAGCCUCUGCACAGCCGGCCGCCGGAAAGAACCCGAGGGGGCGCUUGAUUUCUGUUCCUGGAAAGACCACUUUCCUUUUGCAUUUUGAGGGACUUGCUGUCUUCAAGCCCGUGUUACUUCUACCACCUGCUGCACAAAUCUGGAGAGUCCCCAGUGACCAGCAGGCUUUUCAAGUUGACUGACGGAGAAAAAAUGUUUGUUGGGGUUGUCUGACAAUCCCCCCCUGCCCCCGCCUCCCCCUCACCUGCUGUGCACCUCCAGAAGAUGGAGCCCAACCCAAAAAGACUCCCCGGUUUGCUCUCAGAACUGAACCCCAGUUGGGCACGCCCGCCAGGUCGACAGCUGCCAGUCAGCCUGUGUGCAAGCGUAAAAUAUAUGUGUGUGUGUGAGUGUGUGUGUGAUAGCGUCAGGGCUCCACGCUGGGCCAGGAAACUCUCCAGAUAGCUCAGGUAUCAGACACAGUGAGUGAAAAAUGUUCCUCUCCCUUUUGCACCUCUGAUGUUUGCCUUACUAUUUUUGAUGGAGGACCCUGAUUCAGUUCACAAAGCAGUUGUAUUUUGUUAGACUUUUCCUACAAGUGCACAAUGUAUAGAGUCCUAUGGAAUAUCAUCACCACCACCCCAUGUCACCCAUCGCCUUCAUCUUUUCCCACCUGACUGUACCUUGACCUGGACUGUGGAUGUCAAGGUGUGUGUGUGUGUGUGUUUGUCGCUGUGUGUUUCCCAGAAUACUCCCUCUGUUCACCUGGUCUGAUACGAGCUUGGCCAUUACUCUGCUAUUUAUGACCUACUUAUCUGUAUUAAGGGUGUGUCGUGUGUGUGUGUGUGUGUGUGUGUUGGGGCACGUCCAGGAGCGGGGCAGACUUUUCGGCUUUGGGUCUGAACGCUGGCUCACUGUAGCAGAAUCCACUGCAAGACGGCGGUUCAGGCAGUCCAAGGUCUUCACCAAACCCCUCCCAGGGCUCCCGCUGGCACCGACUGAAGAUUUUUAUUGUGUCUCCCGAGCUCUUUGGGAGACGGUGUUGAAGACAGCAGGCAGUUUCUCUUCCACUUUCUAGUGCUACGGUGGCGGCUUCAAACGUGAUUGGCUGGCCUACAUAGGUAGAUGCCCUAUAUAUAAGUUGGACGAGCAUUAGGUCUUUUUUUUUCCUUCCUCUUCAGAAGCCAAUUGGCCGCCAUCUGUAGAUGAGUCAGAGUCAGUGGUGUGGCCAGCGUGUGACUAAUCUGAGCGCCAUCUCCGUGCCCACACUCACCAACUGGGUAAGAGAGACGGCGGAGUUGAAGACGGGGAGGUUGGGAGAGGCAGGUAGCACUCAUUCAUUCUCCUUUUUUUUAUGUUGUCUUGCCCGUUGUGCUGUGAAUCAAAAUGUGGCGCACAGAAAAAAACCUUUCUGUUUUCACACGACCCGCGGCAGCAGGCAGACGCCGGCGGUGUCUCAGUUAGAGCCUUUUCAAGAGGUGGGAAUGGUUCCCCGGAAUUUUGAGGAUGGAUGCUCCCAACUGUGGGGCGCACAGUUAAUAAUGUUGGAGAGGAGGACGUGAGGACGUGAGGACGUGGACUCACUCACACACACACACACACACACACACGCACACACCUGGAUCUCGAGUCACUCACCACGCAGAGACACCCAUCAUCCGCUGCCACUUACCAUCACCAUCCGCGGAGACACUGCUGAGUUAAAAGGCAACGCUGCUCCAGACUCGUGGAAGACUCUUGUGCGUGUCGUUAACCUCCGAGUUAACAACCUGAACAGCUGCUGGUGCUUUUUUUUCUUUCUGUGGUCCUGUGUUUUAACUCAGCAUGCAGCCCUCUGUGGAACACAUCUCCAUCAAAUGUUUUCGUUUCGGAUGGAUUCGCAUCCGUUCACCUCUACCAGCCAAGGGAGUCGUUUCCAAAUGACCACGAAACCCAUUGCUCAUUUUCAUUCAUUUCAGUGACCACUUCAUGUUAUUCAAAUUUUUCGCAGGAGUUAAAAAAAAAGAGGCGAUAAGAAAGUCAUGUAAAUAUAUGGAUAGAGCUCAAUUUAAGAUGUAAUUUCACCUGAACACUGCUCAUAUGAAAAAUUAAAGAUUAGAUUUUUGUAAUGGAGGAUGUUUGUAAAUAGCUGUCUUUUUAAAAAAAAUGUGUGUUUUGUAUGAAUCCUUUCUUUGUCUCUGCAAUAUGUUUUUGUUUUAUUUUCUCUUAGAGUCAAACUAAAUAUUGCAAUGGACACUCAAGCUGUCGUUUAAUUUCUUCUUGCAGUGUCCAGUAUUGUCAAGAAACGUCUUUGUUACCACGUGUUUUCAGAGCGAGAGAGUUGCUAACAUCGACAUUCAAGGCAUUUUGGUCAAAUCUGUUGCCGUUUCGGGGAAUUGAAAGGAUGAACGAUACUGUUGGAGACAGCACUUAACUGCGAAUGAAGCCCGUGUUCUUCCACCGCCUUUGAGUGACCUACACUUUCCGCUUCAGGAUGUAUCGGAACAACAUGUCGGUCUAGAAAAGGAAUCUUUUCUCAGUUUUAAUACGGCGGGGGGAGGAAUCAAGACACAAAAGGAGCCAUGUUUGUGAGUGUGACCGCUCUGAGCUCGCCAAUAAAUCAUCCGCUUUACUCCACUCAUUAUCUCCCAGGCGGUCUUUUGUUUUAAAGUUGCUCCCCCCGCCCCCCUCCCAGCCCCCCGCCUUCCUCCGUCGUCAUCCCUCCUCUCCUAAUUUAGCACAAGGAUGUCAGUCGUCCAUGAGACGAGCUUCACUGUAGGUUUAUUUCCGCUAAUGUUCAAAGCCACAGUAUUAUCUUUCAAUGUGCAUGUGUACGCGAAACCUGUUGAAUUUGUUUCCCUUUGUUUGAAUCAUAAAUGUCGAGAAUUGUUUUCUUUAUUUUAUUUUAGGAUUUUUUUUUUUUCUGCCAUUCACUUUUUUUUCUUCGCCGCUUCUCAGCGUAACCUAUUGGCACCAGCUACAAUGGAAAUAACGUUCCACCAGUUUGGAAACUACCGCAUAUUGAUAAAUAAAAUUUUUCCCAUGGAACUUGGUCUCUCCGGCUGUUUUCUUUGGU